ACUGGGGAGAGAGGCGCGGACCCUGCGGGCGGACCCGGGGCGGGAGGGACUUGUCCGAGAAGGAGAGCCUAGCGGGACGGGGCGGAGCCGGGGGAGAGGGCCCCAAGGCCGGCUGCCCGGCCCGCAGGAGGAUGCUGAGGACGCGGCCCCCUAGGAGAGACUCCGAUUCGGGGCGCUGAGGCUCCGGGACUCGGGCAGUACGCAAGCCCAGACCGAGGAGCACGGAGCACCGCAGAGCAGAAGCGAGGCGGGCGGGCGGGAGUUGGGGAGAGGGAGAAGCGAACCAGGGGGGCACCUCAGGGCCGAGUCCCGUCCGAGGGGGCGGGCCGGGGUGUGCGGAGCCCGACUGCGGGCCAGAGUAGCCCGAGGCGGCCGAGACCUAACGCAGCCGAGCGGGAGGGCGGGGGGACGGAGGCGGGUCCGACCGGGCACGUCCCGGGUCGAGAGUUGGCGCUGGCACCGGGAGUGCUCGGCGGAGACCAAGGCAGAAGAGGAGGCAGAGUCCCGGCGGGCCGCGCGUGGGGAGGAGGAGACCCGAGGGAGACCGCGCGACCGGGGAAGGGGAAGAGAAGCCGACCGAGAGGGAGCGAGCUUCGGGGACGCUCACGUGCCCGCCCUUCCCGGGAGGGUGCGCGGGCAGAGCGCCCCUGACCCCGGGCUCUGGGUCUGCCCGCGUUGCUGCCCAGAGCUGCGUCACCACCACUCUGUUCCCUCAGGGGCUGUAAUGCGCCCAUCUCACGGGAGGGGAGCGCACAUCUAGGCCCUUCCCUUCCCACCCCAGGUUCUCCGAAGACGCUGGUCUAGGCGGUGUUCUCCCUCCUCUCCGCUCGGGAGAAGCAGAAUACCGCGUCCGCAUCUAGGAGAAACUUUAUUCCUCGACUGCUGUACCGGGGUUGGGUUGGGGGCUGAAGCGGCUGAAAUGCAGGGCAGGGGGAGCGUGGGUAGGGGUUUGAAAGGUUAUGACCCUCAAAUGUCUUAAAUUAUUACAUAUCCCUGUGGCUGGGGGAUUCAUCGGUAAGGCGGGUCCCCCUCCUCCUUUCUCCCCACCCACUUUCCCUCUCCCCCAACCAGGGAGGGCGCUUGUCUGUUGGGGAGGGGCCAGCUCCAGGAUCACUAGUUCUCUGGAAAAGUGACGAGGGGAUCUGUGGCUGCCCUUCCAGACCAGGUGGGUUCAUUCCUCCCGGAGUGAGGUGAUAACUGGUCUGGUCUUGGCCACUCUGCCGAACUGUCCUUUGCUAUGGAGCCAAGUGAUGAUGUUGCAGUUCCUGGGCAGCCUGUAGUGCUGGGCUGCAGGGUGGAGGGGACCCCUCCAGUGAGAAUCACCUGGAGGAAGAAUGGAGUGGAGCUGCUGGAGAGUACCCAUGCCACCUUGCUGGCCAAUGGGUCCCUGAUGCUCCCUCACUUCCAGCUGGAUCAGGGAGGGAGCCCCUCAGAUGAGGGUGACUAUGAGUGUGUGGCUCAGAACCGCUUUGGACUCGUGGUCAGCCGGAAGGCUCGAAUCCAGGCUGCAACCAUGUCGGACUUCCACGUGCAUCCCCAGGCCACCGUGGGAGAGGAGGGUGGUGUGGCCCGCUUCCAGUGCCAAAUCCAUGGGCUUCCCAAACCCCUGAUCACGUGGGAGAAGAACAGAGUCCCCAUUGACACGGACAACGAGAGGUACACAUUGCUGCCCAAGGGGGUCCUGCAGAUCACAGGACUUCGGGCUGAGGACAGCGGUGUCUUCCACUGUGUGGCCUCGAAUAUUGCCAGUGUCCGGGUCAGCCACGGGGCCAGGCUCACCGUGUCAGGCUCGGGCUCUGGGGCCUACAAGGAGCCAGUGAUUCUCGUGGGGCCUGAGAACCUCACCCUGACAGUGCACCAGACCGCUGUGCUUGAGUGUGUCGCCACGGGCAACCCGCGCCCCAUUGUGUCCUGGAGCCGCCUGGAUGGCCGCCCCAUUGGGGUGGAGGGCAUCCAGGUGCUGGGCACUGGAAAUCUUAUCAUCUCCGACGUGACGGUCCAGCACUCCGGCGUCUAUGUCUGCGCGGCCAACAGGCCGGGCACCCGGGUGAGGAGAACAGCGCAGGGCCGGCUGGUGGUACAAGCCCCAGCCGAGUUUGUCCAGCACCCCCAGUCCAUCUCCAGGCCAGCUGGGACCACAGCCAUGUUCACCUGCCAAGCCCAGGGUGAGCCGCCCCCUCAUGUCACAUGGUUGAAGAACGGACAGGUGCUGGGGCCGGGAGGCCACGUCAGGCUCAAGAACAACAACAGCACUCUGACAAUUUCUGGAAUUGGCCCUGAGGACGAGGCCAUCUACCAGUGUGUGGCCGAGAACAGUGCCGGCUCCUCCCAGGCCAGUGCCAGGCUGACCGUGCUGUGGGCUGAGGGGCUGCCUGGGCCCCCCCUCAAUGUACAGGCGGUCUCCGUGUCAUCCACUGAGGUCCGCGUGUCCUGGAAUGAACCCCUGGUCAACACCAAGGAGAUUAUUGGCUAUGUCCUGCACAUCAGGAAGGCUGCUGACCCUCCGGAGCUGGAGUACCAGGAGGCAGUCAGCAAGAGCACCUUCCAGCACCUGGUGAGCGACCUCGAGCCCUCCACUGCCUACAGCUUCUACAUCAAGGCCUACACGCCGAGGGGGGCCAGCUCCGCCUCUGCCCCUGUGCUGACCAGCACCCUGGGCGAAGCCCCCGCCCCUCCCCCGCUGUCGGUGCGGGUCGUGGGCAGCUCAUCCCUGCAGCUGCUGUGGGAGCCCUGGCCCCGGCUGGCCCAGCAUGAGGGAGGCUUCAAGCUGUUCUACCGCCCAGCGAGCAGAGCCUCCUUCACCGGCCCCAUCCUGCUGCCUGCAACCACCUCCUCCUACAACCUCAGCCAGCUUGACCCCACCACAGUGUAUGAGGUGAAGUUGCUUGCCUACAACCAGCACGGGGAGGGCAAUGCCACAGUCCGCUUCGUGUCCUUGAGGGGAGCCUCUGAGAGGACAGCCCUGAGCCCACCGUGCGACUGCCGGAAGGAGGAGCCCAGUAACCAGACGUCCACCACAGGCAUUGUCAUCGGCAUCCACAUCGGGGUCACCUGCAUCAUCUUCUGUGUCCUCUUCCUCCUGUUCGGCCAAAGGGGCAGGAUCCCGGGGACCCUGCCCUGUGUGAGGAGACCCAGUUCUCUGUGCUGCCACUUGAGGGAUUCAGCCUUCUGGAGGAGAUGGUGUCAGAAGCCAAGGACCCCAGCGCAGGCCCUGCAGCCUCCCUGCCACCCCAGGAUGUAUGCCAUGGCCGCCUCGGUGAAGGACAGGCUACCCGGCCUCCCAUGGCACCAGCUGCCCAGCCAGCUCGCUCGGGACAGUAGCCAGUGUCUGGCAGGCUCUGGAGGGGGCAACCCCCCAUUCUCAGGUCAAAGGUGUGAAAGAAAACAUCUACCUCAAGGCUCGCCAGCUCUCCGGGCCUGUGUUGUAUCACUGGACCCUCCUCCUGGCUCCUCUUCCUGCCCGAUACCUUCUACCCCUUCCCGAGAGAGGAGGCCAGAGGCUAAGUCACCAACAGUGGGCCUCUCAGGACCUACAGAAAUAAAGAUGGAAUUAGUCAAAGAAAAUGUGGAAAAAAAAAAAAAAAGCCAAAAAUGAGAGGAAAUGUGUUCCUUGACGUCUGUCGCUCCACACAUCAUCCAGCAGGCUGCUGCCACCGCUCCGCCCUGUCUCCUCGCCCACUCCGGUUUCGACCCUCUCGGCCAACUGAUCCUUGACUGGGAUCCCCACAGCCGGCUCCCUGCCUGGGCCUUCCGAGGGUGGGGUGUUGCCCUGAAGCCUGCCUCCUAUCCCGUCCGGCCCCAGAGCCCUUGGAGCAGGCUGUCCUCUGGAAUGUUCUGUGUGUGUGACCGCUGUGUGUGGGUGUUGGGUCGGGAGGCUCCCUGGCAGACGUGGCCUGGCCCCCUAACCCAUGGGACACAGCCGGCCUGACCCAACCCCUGGACAGUGGAACAACCACUGUCAGCAGAUGUGGCUGGAAGAUAUUUUUAUACAAGGUGUGUUUAAAGAUUUAUGUUCUUGUGACUUCUUGUUUCUCUUUUCUGUUGUGGUGUUUUUUGAAAUACUUAAAGU